AAAGAAUGCCAUGUUGCAAAAAGGUGAGGCUCUUCUUGGAUUAACGGGCAGAACGGUCAGCUCGGAGAGCCUGCCCAAAAAUCCCCAACGAACCAUUCCUAAACCACCCCAUAUUUUUCUCUGACUUUCCAAACAACCCCAAAGCAAUGACCAACUUCCUCACCCAAAUCACCACUCUGCUCUGCCCUCAACACUGCUGCAGAGCCAGAGCACUCCCAUCCAUCCGAGCCUCGUUCCAAAAUGAAGAGAAUACGACAUGUAGUCGUCGGAAAAUAGUAACGACAUUCGUAGCUUCAUCGGUGGCGCUAACUGGGUUGCAAUAUCAGGUAAUCACGAAGACCCCAGAUGCAUUGGCACAGAACUGGGGAACAAGGUCGUUCAUAAGGGAACGUUUUUUCGAGCCGGGUUUAUCUCCCGAAGAUGCGGUGGCUAGGAUCAAGCAAACAGCUGAAGGGCUUCACAGCAUUAGGGACAUGUUGGAGAGCAUGUCCUGGAGGUAUGUCAUCUUCUACAUUCGCCUGAAAUCGGCCUAUCUUUCUCAGGAUUUGAAGAAUGCAAUGACCACGUUGCCGGAAGCUCGCCGGCAGGAUUAUGCUAAAGUAGCUAAUGAGUUGGUGGAUAACAUGGCUGAGUUUGAUUACUACGUUCGAACGCCAAAAGUAUACGAGUCAUAUGUAUACUACGAGAAGACAUUGAAAUCAAUUGACGAUCUUGUGGCUUUACUGGCUUAAUUAGCUACUAAAAUAUUGUUUGCAUGUAUUUGCAACUUUCUUAUAUAUUUAUUUGACUUAUGGUGAUCAAUUGGUAACCAAUUUAGUCAAUAGAAGAUGAUUUAAGAUUUUUUGCCAUGUAAAUUAAGUCCAUCGAGAGAUGGAGAAAGUAUAGAUAUUUUGCAAAAUUGAAAGCAUGGAAGGAUCUACUUCUUGAA